GGCAGUCUGCUGAACUCCAGUCUGUAAGAGGAAGCAACCAUGCAGGUGCUAACCAAGCGCUACCCCAAGAACUGCCUGCUGACUGUCAUGGACCGGUAUUCAGCAGUGGUGCACAACAUGGAGCAGGUGGUGAUGAUCCCCAGCCUUCUGCGCGACGUACAGCUGAGUGGGCAUGGGGGCCAGGCCCAGGCGGGGACCCCUGAUCUCUACACCUACUUCACCAUGCUCAAGGCCAUCCGCGUGGAUGUGGACCAUGGGCUGCUGCCACGGGAGGAGUGGCAGGCCAAGGUGGCAGGCAGUGAAGCUGAUGAGGCUGAGAAUGAAGCUGCCGAGACGGAGGAGGCCGAGGAGGAGAGGAUCUCAGGGGAGCUGGACCUGGAAGCCCAGUUCCAUCUGCACUUCUCCAGCCUCCAUCACAUCCUCACCCACCUCACUCUGAAAGCCCAGGAGGUGACAAGGAAAUACCAGGAAAUGACGGGACAAGUCCAGUAGGCCUUGGAUUCUAGGGAAGAUUGCUUACACAAUAGAAGACAGACCUCUGAUGAGGACAUGCGGCACUUUGCUAGCCCUGCUGGUGAAUCAGAAAGGCCUAGGCCUGC